UGUAUAUGCCGACGGGCUUGUCAGCUCUGUUCCGGCUUCCUGUUCCAAUCCAGGGGUAGAUUUUUAUCCCUGUUCAAUUUUUUUUUUUACUGUUGUGCAGUAUUAUUAUAGCAGACGGUAAGUCAGACGCACUGUGGUACAGUGGCACACACGAGUGCAUUGCACGUCAUUUUGUGGUGUGCAGCUGUUAGCGGGGUUUACGGUCAGCUGACUGAAAAAGUUGUUUUCUCACAUGACUUGGUCAGUCCUUUUCGUUGCUCUGUUGAGAUCUGCUGAGUUAGAAAAAGCCUGGCAAAGCUCUGGCAGUUGGAACCACUGCUUUUUUUGAAGGGUGGGCCGCAGUCUCUGGAAAGAUGCCUUCCAACAAGUCUGUGUCGGACGCGGCCAUAACACAGUUCAUCAACUGUCGGAUCCUGAAGGACCACCGGCUGCAGAGAGAGGACCUGUGGGUCCGCGAGGGGAAGAUUCUGGACCCUGAGAAGCUCUUUUUCGACGAGGAGGGAUACGCGGACGUCUGCGUGGACUGCGAGGGCGGCAUCGUUGCCCCCGGUUUCAUCGACGUCCAGAUCAAUGGGGGCUUUGGGAUCGACUUCUCCCAGGCAACCGAUGAUGUCAACGGGGGCGUGACCCUGGUGGCGAAGAAACUUCUGGAACAUGGCGUCACCUCCUUCUGCCCCACACUGGUCACCUCCCCACCUCACAUCUACCACAAGGUCCUCCCGCAGAUCAAAGUUCACGACGGAGGGGCGGACGGUGCGGGGGUGCUAGGGGUUCACCUGGAGGGCCCCUUCAUCAGCCUGGAGAAGAAGGGCGCUCACCCCGAGGCGUACCUCCGCGCCUUCCCCACAGGGGGCGCCGGCGACCUGCUGGAGACGUACGGGCGCCUGGACAACGUGAGCGUGGUGACGCUGGCGCCCGAGCUGCCCAACAGCCUGGCGGUGGUCCGGGAGCUGGCGCUGGGGGGCGUGACCGUCUCGCUGGGCCACUCGGUGGCCAGCCUGUCCCAGGCGGAGGCGGCAGUGAAGGAAGGCGCCAGCUUCAUCACCCACCUCUUCAACGCCAUGCUGCCCUUCCACCACCGGGACCCGGGCAUCGUGGGGCUCCUGACCAGCGACCAGGUGCCGGCCGGCCGCACCGUGUACUACGGCAUGAUCGCCGACGGCAUCCACACCAACCCCGCGGCGCUGCGCAUCGCCCACCGCGCCCACCCGUCAGGCCUGGUGCUGGUGACCGACGCCAUCACGGCCAUGGGUCUGCCGCCGGGGCGCCACACGCUGGGGCAGCAGGUCAUCGAGAUCGAGGGCCUCCACGCCUACGUGGCAGGUACCAAGACUCUGUGCGGCAGCAUCGCCACCAUGGACAUGUGCAUCAGACACUUUAAACAGGCCUCAGGCUGCAGUGUAGAAGCUGCUCUAGAGGCCGCCUCCCUGCACCCAGCUCAGCUGCUGGGCCUCACUCACCUCAAGGGCUCCCUGGACUACGGCACAGAUGCAGACUUUGUGAUGCUGGACGACGAGCUCAACGUCAGAGCGACCUACAUCGCCGGCCAGCAGGUGUGGAAGAAGUGAUGUCAUCGCUGCUUAACCUCGAUCUCCGUUAACAACCAGUGGUGGACAGCCGGCUCUCUAGGGGGCGCCACCUAUCACAGGAACCACCACCAAGCACAAGAUGUGAUUCCUCAUGGGUCACACCAAAGCAUGCUGUUAACCUGAGAGACGGACCUGGUCCAUUAUGUGGCAAAAUUGCUGAAGAGUCACACUUUGUAAACAUGGUUAUGAGUUUGUAUUUCUGAUUUGUGUGAGUGAGCCGUACACGUUGUGUGUGUGGGCACGGGAACAAGGACAACGAAAGAUCCCUGUAUUAUUGCGAAACGUGUUUUUGGAUGUCAGAACUUCAGGAUUUGUAGAACACAUCAGGGGCUGCAGGAACUGAAAGGGGAACUGAAAAGCACCCUUUCAGUUUCUGUCGCAGUAUCAGAAGCCAUUAAAAUCUUUACUUGUGCUGUGCAGUAGAACCUUAGAGAUACAAGCCUCACUGUCAGACCAACCCGUCAAUCAAAUGAUGGGCAUGAAUCUCUACGUAUGUACGUCUGCAUUAUGCUUCAUCUAGUACUUAGUCAUCACUGGACACAAAAAGAUGAGUACCAAACAAAAAACAAGUUUUACUUUCUAUUGAUUUGAAAACUCAUUAGAUAAAAAACAUCUGCCUUGGCAUUAUUGCAACACAACCUAAUUUGGGAAGGUUAACUUUAUGUAUCACAUGAUUGAUACGGAAGGCACAGAACAAAAUCCAAUAAUUUGCAAAAGAGACCAAAGAUAAGGAGAUGUAUCAUUUCAAAGCCAAUGUCAAAAUAAAUUACUAUUAAUGAAUGGUCUAAUAGGAACUUGUUUGCCAUUUCUUAUUAUUGGCUAUGACCUUUCAGUUAGUAAAGGAUUUACAAUUAAUGCUGGUGUGUUUUUGGGGUCACUUUAAAGCUAUGAAAAGGCUCUGUGGCUAGUACGUUUGUAUCUCCUUGGUUCUAUUGCUCUCAAACUCCUUCUUUCUGUCAUAUUGUUUUAAUGGGGAUGAAUAGGAAAAAAGUGGGAAAUGUAUGCUUUUCACCUGACUACAAAGGGUACAGUCAAAAGGGAAUGGACGUGAUGUCAUGUAUUAGCGCUUAAUUAAAUUCCGUUUGUACAGCGCUUUUUUACAAAUGCCGUUGUCACACAGUAGCUUUACAGAGACCUGAGCCUGAACCCCCCAAGAGCACACUUAGGGUGACAGUGGUGGGGAAACCCCCCCCACUGGCUGGUAACAGGAAGAUACCAUGAGCAGAACCUGACUCAGAGGGGGGGGGCAUCUACUCCUGGCUGACAGUGGUUAAAUGGAAAAAGGCCGAUAAGUAAUUCAUGUUUAAUAAACAGGAAAAUCACAGUACAUAGAUGUCACUGAAAAUGUGUAAUUGAAGCUGGGCAAGGAUGGCUAUUUAUCCUGUACUUUCUACUUAUGAGGCGAAAGCAGCAUCCCACUGUUUCACAAUGGUAUUGCAGCGCAGUGCAGAGUUUGUCUUUUGAGACCUUGGUCUUGACAGAGAAAUUGGUUCAUGAUUUCAGUUUAUUUGCAACACUGACAUUUCACCAGGUCUCUUCUGAGCUGUUACAGCCAAGCCUUACAAAUGUUAUUUUUCUACUUUGUAUAAAUCUUCUAUCCAAC